GGCGCUGGAUUUGACUUUGCCAGAAAACAUACCAAGACCUGUGGCAAAUACUCUCACAAGUCUUCUGCUCCCUCAUGGGAUGUCAAUAAAAUCCAGCAAUUAUACCCCAUGCAGCGGCAUGCGACUGAGGCACUGCCACCCACAAGCACAUGA